AUGCCUGGUGUAACUGUCAAGCGUGUUGCCGUCAUUGGAGCCGGCCCAGCGGGCGCGAUUGCUCUUGACGCCCUUGCCAAAGAGAAGACGUUUGAUCUGAUCCGUGUGUUUGAGCGGAGAGAGCGUCCGGGGGGCUGCUGGGUCGGCGACACGUUGCCGCCUCCCACGCUGUCGGAUUUCAAGUCACUGGCGGACAGGACAGCCGAUGCUCCGAUUGCCCUUCCGGAAACUCUGCCUGCCUUUACUCCCAAGUCGGACCAGCCACGGUUUACCGAAUCGUCGGUUUACCCGUACCUCGAGACCAAUAUCAGCCAUCUGCCCAUGCAAUUCUCCCAGGAGCCCUUUCCCGCAGACAUUAGCGAGCGAACACGAGCUCUUUACGGAGACGGCUCGCCGUUCCGCCAUUGGGCGGUGGUGAGGUCUUAUAUAACUGGCUUGUGCGAGCGCAACGGCUACGAGGACCUCAUCUCGUUCAGCACCACAGUCGAGCGAGUGGACAAGAUUGGGUCCGAGUGGAAGGUGACGCUACGCAAGGAGGGCAAAGACAGCGACUACUGGUGGACAGAGUGGUUCGACGCCGUCGUCGUCGCGAGCGGCCAUUACUCGGUGCCUUAUAUCCCCGCCAUUGAGGGCUUGGAGCAGUUUGAGAAGUCCCGUCCCGGCAGCGUCAUGCACAGCAAACACUUUCGUGGAAAGGACAAGUUCAGGAACAAGCGAGUCGUGGUUGUCGGGGCCUCGGUCUCAGCGGCAGAUAUAGCAUUCGACCUGGCCGACUCGGCCGCGUUCCCAGUCCACGCCAUCACCAUCGGGCACAAUCUCAACGGCUACUUUGGCGGAGAAGCCUUUGAGCACCCAAAGAUCGAGAAGCUGCCGUCCAUAGCCAAGGUGCAAGGUCGCACGGUACUCUUGGUGGACAACAAGACCAUCCCCGACGUCGACUACAUCGUUUUCGGCACCGGAUACAGCUGGACGCUCCCGUUCCUACCGCAGGUGCCCGUUCGCAGCAAUCGGGUCCCCGACCUGUGGCAGCAUAUCGUCUGGCAGCACGACCCGACUCUGCUCUUUGUCGGCGCCGUGCACGCCGGCUUGACCUUCAAGGUCUUUGAGUGGCAGGCCGUCUACGUGGCGAGGCUGUUGGCGAACCGCGCGGCGCCGCUGCCCCGGCUGGAUGAGAUGCGACGGUGGGAGGCGGACAGGAUCAGCAGGCGUGGAGACGGGGCCAGGUUUUCUCUCCUUUUCCCGGAUUUCGAAGACUACUUUGAGAGCCUGCGAGGUUUGGCGGGAGCGGGCGAGCCUGGCGUUGGCAGGAAGCUACCCAGGUUUAGACGGGAGUGGUUCAGAGAGUUCCUCGACGGCCACGAGCUUCGUAAGGACAUGUGGCGACGACAUAACAAAGCGGCCGCCGGGGCUGGCUCGACAAGGACGCUGGAUGCGAAGCUGUAG